CAUUAUCCACACCAUGCAUUCUUCAUUCGCGCCAUCUCCUACCCUCACACUGGCGCUAUUGUCCACGUCGCUUGAACGCCCUUCGUGCCGCCAGGGGCGGUGGCUUGCGGCACGCGCUCGGUCCUCCAGACACCUAGCGAGGACGGUUAAGAGACGUGGGGUUGGAGACGACUGAUCGUCUUCCAACUGUUUCACUCACGACAACCUGACGACUACUCGUCGACUACUCGACAACUACUCGACGACUGACGACGUCUGACGAUGCCAGACGGAACGCGGCCUCCCGCGCCGCGCCGCGCGCCCGCGCCGGUACUGGACCACACGGCGUUCCCGCACCUCCUGCGCGCAAUCCUGGACGCUGCGCCGCCUGCCUCGCUGCUCGCGCUGCGCGCGACCUCGCGCGCGCUGCGCGACGCAGCCGACCCGAAGCUAGCGCACCACCUCGUGCUCUCGGAGGGCGUGCGCACGCCCUGCGCCCUGCGCCUCCCGGCGCACAUGUACCAGUACACGCGCGUGCUCGAUCUGCGCGCCCCGCUCUCGCCUUCGCACGCGCACACGCACGCCGGCGUGCCCUGCGCAGGCUGCGGGGCGCGCCACCGCGCCGCGGCGCUCACCGCGCUCCUCGCGGCCGCGGCGGGCUUCGUCGCCCUGCGCGCCGUGCGUGUCGCGUCCCUAGCAUACGCGGAUUGGGCGACGCGCGCACAGCUCCGCCGCCUCCGGCCCGCGUGGGCGGUGUACGACGAGCCGGGGGAGGCGGUGCGGCUCGCGCCGCGCGCCGUGCUCGUCUUCCGGCGCGCGGUGGUGCCGGCGCUCUGCGUCGCGGCCGAGGUGUACCUCGUCUUCCCGUGCGAAGCGGCUGUUGGCGGCGUGCUCGAUGCCCUCGCGGACGCGGUGUUUGCGUGGCGUCCCCCCGCGACAUUCGUCUUCGUGGGCGCCGAAACGUGGCGGGCGGCCAGCGCGGAGGAGGUGACGAGCGGCCUCGUGCGCCGCAGCGCGAUGCCGGCGCAGAAGACGAUGGCGAGGAUCGCGCAGUGUGUGCGCUUUAUUUCGCUCACGGAGUUUCGGGAGAUGGCCGGCGAGGACGUCUUUCGCCUGA